AUGGUCUCAGCCGCCCUCCUCGCCUCCCUCGCUGCAUCAGCAGCAGCUCUUCCAUUGUCCCCUAAUGCGCUCGUCUCCCGCGCCGUCAUCGACCACGACGCCGUCGUCGGCUUCUCCGAGACCGUCCCCGACUCCACCAUCGGCGACAUGUACCUCGCCUACAAGCCGUACCUGUACGUCGUGAACGGCUGUGUCCCGUUUCCCGCGGUAGACGCCGAAGGCAACACAAGCGGCGGCCUCGAACCCACCGGCGGCUCCUCGUCGGACUGCUCCUCAAGCACAGGGCAGAUCUACGCCCGCUCAACAAUGGCCUCCGGCACAGACGGCACAUACGGCGCAGCCAUCAUGUACAGCUGGUACUUCCCCAAGGACUCGCCGAGCACGGGGCUGGGCCACCGGCACGACUGGGAGGGCGUGAUCGUGUGGCUUUCCGACGCGGCUUCGACUUCCGCGGACAACAUCCUCGCCGUGUGCCCCAGCGCGCACGGCGACUGGGACUGCAGUACGGACGGGUACACGCUGAGCGGCACGCACCCGCUCAUCCGGUAUUAUAGCGAUUGGCCGGUGAAUCAUCAGAUGGGGCUGACGAGCACGGUGGGCGGGACGCAGCCGCUGAUUGCGUGGGAGAGUUUGCCGAGUGCGGCUAGGACAGCGCUGGAGGAUACGGACUUUGGGAGUGCGAAUGUGCCGUUUAAGGAUGCGGACUUUGAUAGUAAUCUUUCGGCUGCUACGUACUAG